AUGGCCGGGGUCUUGUGCUUGGGCAAGGCCACAGAUGCGGACGAGUGGUGCGAUAGUGGCCUGGGCUCGUUAGGUCCGGACGCAGCAGCACCCGGAGGACCAGGACUGGGCUUAGAGCUGGGCUCGGGACUGUCGUGGGUUCCCCUCGUCUUCGGCUACGUCACUGAGGAUGGAGACACGGCAUUGCACUUGGCAGUGAUUCAUCAACACGAGCCCUUCCUGGAUUUCCUCCUGAGCUUUGCAGUGGGCACAGAGUACCUAGACCUGCAGAAUGAUCUGGGCCAGACAGCCCUGCACCUGGCAGCCAUCUUGGGGGAGGCGACCACGGUGGAGAAGUUAUACACAGCAGGGGCUGGUGUGCGCAUGGCCGAGCGCAGGGGCCACACCGCACUGCACCUGGCCUGCCGCACAGGAGCUCAUGACUGUGCCCGCAUGCUGCUGCAGCCCCGCCCACAGCCCCACAGGGGAGCCCCCAACACCUGCGAUGUCCAGGGCCCUGUUCACACUCCUGACCACUCCCCUGCUGCCUUAUCCUCCGACUUGGAGAAGGAAGAGGAGGAGAGUGAGGAGGACUGGAGGCUGCAACUUGAAACUGAGAACUAUGAGGGCCACACUCCCCUACACGUGGCUAUCAUCCAUAAAGAUGCUGAGAUGGUACGGCUGCUCCAGGAAGCUGGAGCUGACCUCAAUAAACCAGAGCCCACCUGUGGCCGGAGCCCUUUGCACUUGGCUGUGGAGGCACAAGCAGCUGACGUGCUGGAGCUUCUCCUGAAAGGGGGUGCAGACCCUGCCACUCGCAUGUAUGGUGGCCGCACCCCACUGAGCAGUGCCAUGCUUCGGCCCAACCCUGGACUCGCCUGCCUCCUCCAUGCCCAUGGUGCCACUGACCCCGAGGACGAUGACAAGGCUGACUCCUGCAGGAGCAGCAGCAGCAACAGCAAUGACAGUGGAGAUGAGGGCGAUGAAUAUGAUGACAUUGUGGUCCACAGUGGCCGGAGCCAAGACCAGCUAUCUCCCACCCCAGCCUUGAAUCCUCCUCCUAACCGUCCAGUCUAA